UACGCGCCCACCAGCUUUCUUAAACAGGCACGUUGAUAAGUCACCCCGCUCGAGCUUGCGAAUGGACUUUCUAAAAAGAAUCGGUUCCUUCGUGAAUCGCCCAUCAUUCUUCCGUGCACCAUCCAGGAUCCAGAAAACGCCUCGCGGUUCACUUCAUUUUUUUGUGCUGAAUCCGACAGUUUAAAGAUGACCACGACGAGACUGCUUGUAUUCUUCUUUCUGCCCUUGGUGCUGAUUCAUGGCACUAUCUCAGUAAUUGUGACAACCAGCAACCCAAAAAUGGAGGUUUAUGAGAACACAAAUGCUGUUCUCUCCUGUAAGUUCCAGACGGAAAGAAAGACCGUCCCACGGAUAGAAUGGAAAAAGAAAGGCCAAGAUGUCUCCUAUGUUUAUUUUGAUGGUGAAUUUACAGGCUUGUUUAAAGGCAGAGCUUCAAUUGAUGGAGCGACAGUGACCCUACAUGGUGUUAACCAGAAGGACUCAGGGGUCUAUCACUGUGAAGUCACUGCACGCCAAGACAAGAUCCGUCUUGGGGAGGUCACGGUCUCCCUCAAUGUGCUUGUACCUCUCCAUGCUCCUUCAUGCCAUGUGCCUGAGAUUGCAAUGAGUGGCUCUGUGGUGGAACUGCACUGUGAGGACAAGCUGACUGUCCCCCCUGUCGCUUACAACUGGUACAAGGACAACAGGCCCCUGAGCACAGCCCAGGCCCCAGACAUUAACUACAGUGUAGACAACAAAACAGGCACUCUGAAAUUUAAAAGCUUGUCAAAAUCUGACGCAGGACAAUACCGCUGUGAAACCUCUAACGGUAUUGGGCCACCAAAGAGCUGUGUGGGUCAACAUUUGAACGUCACUGAGUUCGAGCUGAAUCUGACAUUAGUAAUAGCAGUUGGAGUGGGGGCUGCUCUUUUACUGCUCUCCUGCUCUCUGGCUGUUUGUCUAUGCUGCCAGCGAGGCUACUGUUGCUGCUACUAUAAGGAGAGGAUAGGAGGAAAACAUAAAAGAAACAUGGCAAACUACAGCCCCCCACCAGAUCCUAAACACUACAAGCACACGGAGUCCUUUGUGAUUUAAACAUUUCUCCAAGAUGUACAGUGUAUGCUGUUUGCUUAUAAGCAAUGGACUGCCAGGUUAUUAGCAAUACUCAUCUAAAAACAGAUUAACUGCCAGCUCAGUGUACAAAGAGUGCACCAGCAUGAUGAUUCAUGUAUCUUCAACCUGCUUUACCUCUCCAUACACUCAGAGCUGGAUGGUAUCACUGAAAGUGGCAGAUCUGCCAAACUGGAAGUCUAUGUACAUCCUAGAUUCUCUAAUAAAACGUGCAGAUUUUGGACAUGGACAAUAAUACAUGUGACUUCCCUGAAAAAUGGGCCCAGUCAAUCUGCAGCUCCGCCUAGUGGUGAAGUGUUAUCACUGCAAGUCAAGCAGGAGCCAUCAAACAUGACUACAUGUUGUUAUUAAACAUUUUCACUGUAAACAAGUCAACAUGACUAUGUGCUACAGUUAUAAAGUUUCUUAUCUCUUCUUGAUAUGUUUAACUCCAUAUGCAGGAAGUGUGUUUAUUUUUAGUGGUCAUUUUACAGUGUGAGAAGAAAAUAAACCCAGCCGUUUCAUACCAUUGCAAAACUGUGUGGAAAAGGAAAUGGAUGACUAAAGGAGUUUCAAAAGCCUUUGCAUGGAUGACUGUUCAUUUAGAAUAAAAUAAGGAGGGGAAAAAAGGCACAUCAACACUGCAUGUUAAACUUAUUUUAUUCAUUAGACACAAAGAAUCCAGCAGAUGAAAAGUCUGUGUUUAGAAAACACCUCCUGA